AUGCCGUCAAGAGAAGCAAAAGUUUACCUUGAAGCAAAGUUGAAGAAAAAGCAGCAAGAAAAUAAAGAAAAAACAUGUUUUGAUUGCGGACGGGAAGGACAUGCCCAUAAGGGCUCAUACUUGUGUCCAGAAUAUAAUGCCAAGAAACGAAAGUCCGGAAAAGACGAAUACGAAACAAAGCAAGCUAAAGAGAAGGGCAAAAAGAGAAGGCUAGAAGCGAAAAAUGCAUCGCCAUCGAAUACUGUCAUAUGCAAGCACUGUGGUCUAAGUGGUCACUCAACUAAAGCUUCCUUUGCUUGCCAACAAUAUAUUACUACUAAAGCGGAGCUCCUUCGAACAAACUAUUCAGAUAAGUAUGAGCUUUACGCUCGGAAGCUGCCCCUUGUAACCUACGUUACGCGUUUAGCCAUUUGCGAAAGUCAAGCGCAAAAACAGUAUAAAAUUCAUGACAAACUGUAUUGA